AUGCUUCUAAUCCUGUCUCUUAACCCUUUGUUCAAUUUUAGCCUUGGAUCGACUGUGCAGUUUUCUUGUGAUGAAGAUUACGUCCUACAGGGCGCUAAGAGCAUCACUUGUCAGCGGAUCGCGGAAGUCUUUGCUGCUUGGAGUGAUCACAGGCCUGUCUGUAAAGUGAAGACAUGUGGCUCUAAUCUUCAAGGACCAAGUGGAACCUUUACGUCUCCCAACUUUCCAUUCCAGUAUGACAGCAAUGCACAGUGCGUUUGGGUCAUCACAGCAGUGAAUACAAAUAAGGUUAUCCAGAUAAAUUUUGAAGAAUUCGACCUGGAGAUUGGCUAUGAUACUUUGACAAUUGGUGAUGGGGGCGAAGUUGGAGACCCCAGGACAGUGCUUCAAGUGCUGACUGGAAGCUUUGUGCCAGACUUGAUAGUGAGCAUGAGUAGCCAAAUGUGGCUGCACCUUCAAACAGAUGAAAGUGUUGGAUCCGUUGGCUUCAAGGUUAACUACAAAGAAAUUGAAAAAGAAAGUUGUGGCGAUCCUGGUACACCUUUGUACGGAAUUAGAGAAGGCGAUGGGUUUUCUAAUCGUGAUGUUUUAAGGUUCGAAUGCCAGUUUGGGUUUGAACUAAUUGGAGAGAAAUCCAUUGUUUGUCAAGAGAAUAACCAAUGGUCUGCAAACAUACCCAUCUGUAUCUUUCCUUGCCUCUCUAACUUUACUGCACCAAUGGGAACGGUCCUUUCUCCUGAUUACCCAGAAGGGUAUGGAAAUAAUUUAAACUGCAUCUGGACAAUAAUCUCUGAUCCAGGGAGUCGGAUACACCUUUCUUUUAAUGACUUCGAUCUGGAAUCCCAGUUUGACUUCCUUGCUGUUAAAGAUGGUGACUCCCCCGAAUCCCCAAUUCUUGGAACUUUUACUGGAGCUGAGGUGCCUUCCCACCUUACUAGUAAUAGUCAUAUACUCCGAUUGGAAUUUCAAGCUGACCAUUCAAUGUCAGGACGUGGCUUUAACAUCACUUAUAACACAUUUGGUCAUAAUGAGUGUCCAGAUCCUGGAAUACCAAUCAAUGCACGGAGGUUUGGGGACAACUUUCAAUUAGGAAGUUCGAUUUCAGUUAUUUGUGAAGAAGGAUUUAUUAAAACCCAGGGAACAGAAACAAUUACAUGUAUUCUUAUGGAUGGAAAAGUGAUGUGGAGUGGACCAAUUCCAAGAUGUGGAGCUCCGUGCGGUGGCCAUUUUUCAGCUCCCAGUGGAUUGAUACUCUCACCAGGAUGGCCAGGAUACUAUAAAGACUCUUUGAAUUGUGAAUGGGUGAUUGAAGCUGAACCCGGACACUCUAUCAAAAUUACAUUUGAAAGAUUUCAGACUGAACUAAAUUAUGAUGUUCUGGAAGUUCAUGAUGGGCCAAAUCUUCUGUCACCCUUGCUUGGAUCUUACAAUGGCACACAAGUGCCCCAGUUUCUAUUUAGUAGCAGUAAUUUUAUAUACCUCCUAUUUACAACAGACAACAGCCGUUCUAAUAAUGGUUUCAAGAUUCAUUAUGAAAGCGUUACAGUGAACACCUAUUCUUGCCUGGACCCUGGCAUACCUGUACAUGGCCGCCGCUAUGGUCACGAUUUCUCCAUUGGAUCUACUGUUUCAUUUAGUUGUGAUCCAGGAUACAGGCUGAGUCACGAAGAGCCUCUUCUAUGUGAAAAAAACCACUGGUGGAGUCAUCCACUCCCAACCUGUGAUGGUAAGAAUUCAUUCAAUAUGCAAAAUGAACUGGUUUAUACACUCAAAAUAAAUCACUAUAGAACGAAUAUUGAUAAUCAGCCAAACUUAGCCCAUGCCUAA